GGGCGGGUUAGGGUCGGGUGCGGGUUGAGAAAUUCUCGACCCACACUUCACUACUGUAGAACAUAAUGUUAUCUUUUAUCCACUAUUUAACCUGUACCAUAUAGCCUUAUUUCAAUUUCCGCCAUUGCUACUCAGCAGCUUGUUUAUAUGAACUAUAGUAGUGUUUCUGAAGCAAACAGGUCAGUUUUACCAGUGCAGGGCAACACUACAUGAUAUUUUCAUUACUUGAAAACACUUUCAUUUUUUGGUGUUAAUGUUCCUUUAAGUACACAGAAAAUUGUGACCAGACUUUGUGGGUCAUAUUUUAUUUGAACAACAAAAUCUUGCCAUGCAACAGCAUAAGGUUUUUAGGAUCUUACAACAUUUUCUCCUCACUGCUGUAAUGUAAGUCAGAUCAGAUAAAGCUGAAUGGACUGGGGUCAAAAGCUAAAACCCAAUCAGACAAACAAAAGUCUCUGUUAAAACUUUAACCUGAAAGUUGAAGUAAAAGAAAAAACAGUGCUGAAAGAGCAGCAGAGUGGAUUGAGAGAGGGACAGCAAUGGCAGCAAGUAAGCCAAGUGUGGAAGGUGAAAACCUAUCUGUGGUAGUCCAUGGAAUUGGAGAUCUUCGUCUGGAAAACCGCCCAGUUCCAGAACCUGGUCCAAACGAAGUUUUGCUGAAGAUGCAUUCUGUCGGAAUAUGUGGCUCAGAUGUCCACUAUUGGCAGCAUGGCCGUAUUGGAGAUUUCAUUGUGAAAAAACCAAUGGUUCUAGGGCAUGAAGCAUCGGGAACAGUGGUCAAAGUAGGAGCCUCUGUAUCUCAUCUUAAGCCAGGUGACCGAGUUGCUAUAGAGCCUGGUGUUCCAAGAGAAACAGAUGAAUUCUGCAAAAUGGGGAGGUAUAACUUGUCCCCUACAAUUUUUUUCUGUGCUACGCCACCUGAUGAUGGGAAUUUAUGCAGAUAUUAUACACAUAAUGCCAACUUUUGCUACAAGCUUCCAGACAAUGUAACAUUUGAGGAAGGUGCACUGAUUGAACCUCUGUCUGUUGGGAUCCAUGCUUGUAGAAGAGCUGGAGUGACUCUUGGAAGCAGAGUUUUUAUCUGUGGUGCAGGGCCCAUUGGGCUGGUUUCCCUUCUUGUGGCGAAGAUGAUGGGAGCAUCUCAAGUUGUAAUAAGUGAUUUAUCUUUAUCAAGGUUAGAAAAGGCCAAAGAACUGGGAGCCGAUUUUGUUGUUCAAGUUGCCACUGAGCCACCAGAGGUUAUUGCACGGAAGGUUGAGGAAUUGCUUGGAACCAUGCCAGAAAUUACUAUUGAGUGCACUGGAGCAGAAUCCUGUAUCCAAGCAGGAAUCUAUGCAACUCGCUCUGGUGGAACUCUAAUACUUGUUGGCUUGGGUCCUGCUAUGGUUAAUGUUCCUAUUGUGAAUGCGGCUGUGAGGGAAGUUGAUAUCAGAGGCAUAUUCAGAUAUUGCAAUACGUGGCCAAUGGCUAUAUCGAUGCUGUCGUCAAAGAGAGUCAAUGUCGCCCCGCUGGUCACUCACCGUUUUCCUUUAGAAAAGGCUGUUGAGGCAUUUGAAACCACAAAGAAAGGUGUGGGAGUAAAAGUAAUGCUAAAGUGUGACAAGAAUGACCAGGAACCAUAACAUGAACGCAAUAGUGGCUGUUUCUUCAAAAAUGUAAUUCUUUUCAGUAAAAAAUUCAAAUAAACACAAGACAGUUAUUAAAAAA